GCCGCCAUGUUGGCAGAGGGCGGAAGGUGUCCCGGGCGGCGCAGGCCGCUGCCGUGUCCGUGGGAUGAGCCAGCUGCCGUGCGGCGCCGUGCUGGCACUCAUGGGGCUGCUCUUCGCCAGGACCAUGGCCUGGACAUCCAGCGGGAAAACGCACGCGGAGCUGGUCAACAACCUCUACAAAAAAGGGAUCAUUAAGUCUCAGCGAGUCUUCGAUGUGCUGUUGGCUACGGACAGAGGUCACUACAUCAAGUAUUUCCCAUACAUGGAUUCUCCUCAGUCCAUUGGCUACAAGGCUACGAUCAGCGCCCCGCACAUGCACGCCCACGCGCUGGAGCUGCUCAAGGAUCAGCUGGUGGAAGGUGCCAAGGCGCUGGAUGUGGGAUCUGGGAGCGGAUACCUCACUGCGUGCUUCGCCAGGAUGACUGGCCCGACGGGAAAAGCUGUGGGUGUGGAGCACAUCAAGGAGCUGGUGCACGAAUCCAUCCGGAACGUCCAGGAGGAUGAUCCGGCGCUGCUCAGCUCCGGCCGCGUGAAGCUUGUGGUUGGGGACGGCAGGCAGGGAUACCCCGAGGAGGCUCCCUACGAUGCCAUCCACGUGGGAGCGGCCGCAGCCGCCGUCCCCAAGGAGCUGCUGAAGGAGCUGAAGCCGGGCGGGCGGCUGAUCGUGCCCGUGGGGCCCGAGGGGGCCAACCAGGUGCUGAUGCAGUACGACAAGACCGGCGACGGGCGCAUCGUGGAGACGCAGCUCAUGGGCGUCAUCUACGUCCCUCUCACCGACAAGGAGAAGCAGUGGCCUCGAUGCUGUUUGUGGAAAAAAAAAAAUGGAGAGAACAGCUUGGCAAAGCAGGGGGUAUUUUCUGUUUGAUAGGGCUUGCAGAGUUUUAUUUCCUCUUUUUCUGGAGCCCGUGCGUGUGUUUAAAUUCCACGUGAUGCUGGCACAGAACUGAGGGAGUAGUAACUGUUGGUUUUCCUUUGCCUCAGGGAUGACCUCUGACACAUGGAUGGAUAUCUCUAAAGGCACCUCAGAAAGCUCAUGAGAGGGACUUAGGCCUGUAGAUGGUCAGUAUGGUUUUGUUUUUUUAAUGGAAAUUUCAUCAAUGGAUAAAGGGAAGUUCUGCUUCAGAGGAGCUCGUUCUGGAGGGAUGGAGAACAGGGACAGGACCAGGCGAGGCUCUUGGAGGCCAUGGCAGCUUCCGGGGAGCGGAUCCAGACAACUCCAGCUUUCCUCUCUGAUAAACUCUAGAUAACAUCAGAUCCCAGAGAACUCUGGCAGCAGACAGGAAUACCUAAAGCUUCACUAAAACCACUUUAAUAUCGGCUACUCUGCCUAAUGCUUGGCGAAAAUAAGUCGCAAUUAGUGUCUUGGAGCAGCAAUGUACUCUGACUUGUCAGUUUUUAAAAUAUGGGAGCGUGUUCUCUUCCUGCCUGCACCAACUAAUUUAAUGAUGGGCAGCAACACUGGAUUUUGAGGGUAUGAAAAAUGCUCGGGUUUUUUCUGUUUGGAGAUUUGAAAAAUACUCAUUUCUGGACCUGACCCUCUUUGGGGUUACGAAAAAAUGCGCAUUUCUUGGCUUUUCUGAUUGAGGUUAUAUAAAAAAUGUUCAUGUUUCGGCUUUUCCCUGACGCGUCCCUCCCGCAGGCGGCGACUGAGGAGGCUCACAAGGGGCAGGCGGGCUGCGUUGAGGCUCGAGGGUCAUUUGUGGAGCAGUUCUGAGGGGGAAACUGCUGGGAGGUAAAUAAAUAAGUAAAUAAAGAAAUAAAUGAA